GGGAGGGCGGAAGGAAGGCGCACAUCCGUCUUUCCGCCCCGCACGCCAGACUGAGAUGCUUUGAAAGUGGUUUAUUUUGCCAGGAAACUUGCUGAGCCUGGACCACUGCCGCAGAAUUCAGAAUUGCAGCGGAACUGAAAGAUCCUACCUCAAUAUGGCGAGUGUCACGGCGACUGGGGUCCGGGAGAAGCUGCUGAAAGAGCUGCAAGCAGACCACGUGGAGGUAGAGGACAUCACCGCCCAAAAAUGCUCCACCAGUUUCCGAGUGCUGGUGGUCGCCAAGGCUUUCGAAUCAAAGCCCCUCCUGCAGCGACACAGGAUGGUGAACGGGUGUCUGAAUGAGGAACUAAAGGCUAUCCACGCACUGGAACUGAAGACCCUCACCCUCGAACAGUGGGAGGCCACCCGGGGUCCUGAGGUGAACAGCACAAGCUGAGACAGACCCCCCCCCCCCCCCGAUACUCAAUAAAUCUCAUUGAUUAAUUG